AUGGUGCUGUUCAAUAAUAGAAGAAACCAUUCGAUCCCAACGUUAUGGAUACUAUGCUCGAUAUGUUUGAUCAAAAGCACUUUGGCGUUAUCUUCAGUUGCCUCUUCCGAUAGCCGAAAUAUUGUCAUUCUGGGAGGAACUGGAAGGAUUGGUACCGCUGUGGCGAUUCAUUUGCUCCAACGUGAUCCGACCUGCAAUGUAGUCCUUGCCGGAAGAAGAUUCAAUGAGCGAGCCUUGGAGGAAGUAAAAAGUGCAGCAGCUGCUGCUGGUGGUGGUAUUAGUGGUAUUAGUGGUGAAGAGGAAACUAGGGUUACCAUGAAAUGCAUCGAUACCGUCUGGGAUGAAUCUUCCAAAUCACUAAAGGAGUUGGUCGAUUCCGCCGAUUGUCUCAUCCAUACGGCCGGUCCGUAUUAUUUGGAACAAAGUCCGAUCCCACUCCAAUUGGCCAUUGCUUCCGAACGCUGCAAAGUCUACGUGGACGUUUCGGAUCCCUUGGAAUAUUUGGAAAAAUCCUUGUUGAUGAACGACAAGGCUCAAGCCAGCAACUUGACCGCCUUGGUGGCGGCGGGAGCCUUUCCCGGCAUGUCCAAUGUGCUGGCCAAGGAAGCCUCUCGGAAUCUACGUAUUGCAUCGAAUUCUUUGGUGCAAGAUGUUCGCUUUCAAUACUUUACGGCGGGAUUGGGUGGGAGCGGAGCCGUCAAUCUGUACAUUACCAAUUUGGGAUUUGGAGAACCCAUGGUGCAAUACGACAGGGGAGAGCUGCGAUGGUUCAUGGCACUCUCUGGGAAACUAUUGGGCAAGGUCGAUUUCUUCUUGCCACAACUUUUCAAUCAUCCAGGCAACGAACGAGUGAAACAGCGAGUGGGGACUCAAACCAUAUUCUCUUGGCCCUUUCCCGAGGCUGCCACGGUUGCCAAGGACCUGAAUGCCAGAGGCAACUCGUAUGCUGGCAUGGGCACAGCACCUGCUAUUUGGAAUGACAUGCUUGGAGUCUUGGUCCGACUCGUCCCAAGACCAUGGUGGAAGAACACCAAAUUUUCCAAAUUCAUGGCGGACUUUUCCGAGCCAUUGGUACUGGCGACCGAUGCCCUAUUGAAAAUGACGGGGACGGGAGAAACGCAUGCCAUGCGAGUGGAUGUGACAUCGGUUCCACCCGGAAUCCAAAAGGAGGGCGGCAAUAAUAAGGGCGUCUCCAUUGUGCAAGCACACGACUCCUUUCGGGUCUGUGUGGGACAGUCGUGUGCCGAGUUUGCACUGGAUGCCUUGGAACAUGCCAAACCAGGUGUCUACCUCCCAGAACAGUUUUACGACGAUGAUUCGGAUCGAUCCCGGAUCAUUGGAAAGUUAACGACGACUCCGGGAACCUUUUGCUAUACUGGACCAAUCUUGUCGGAACAACCACCAGCUCUGCCCACGGAUUGGGACAAGGCAAUGGACGAAGCCAAUUUCGAAGAGAGACAGGGUGUCAACGCAUAG